AAAUUCUGAAACAGGAAGAAGAAAUUCUCCGGGAUAUAUAUAUAUAUAUAUAUAUAUAUUCUUCUCGAAGCUACACUCUCAGUAGCACCCCCACCACUUGUCUGAGCCGUUCAAAAUCGGAACUGCCAGUUUACCUUUUUCCCUUUCCAUCUAAAAUCCGCCUCAGCAGAUUCCCCAAUUCGAUUAGUCUUUCAUUUCUUUCCCUCAAGCCAAGAAUCUCACAUAUUCUCCUCUCUCUUAGCCUUUUCAACAAUGAUGCCAUUCUUCUUCGCUCCCCCUCUCCCUCUUUCUCUUAGUCCUUUUCAAGGACUUUCUCCAAAUCCCAGAAAAACUAUAAUUUCUCUGUCUUCAUGCCAUGUCUUCUUCAAGUGUCAAUCAGCCUUUCACAUUUGAGAGGAAGUCAAGGUUUAUGAGAUGGCUUAGUAAGCUUUUCAAGGGUGGCUCAGCCAAUAGGAGUGUGCCAGCUGGACGACCACAGUUUUUUGGAGAGGAGGAUAACAUGGUUAGGCGCCCUCCACUCAGACCACUGGACGAUCACUCUAGAGCCAGUAAAGAGAAAGAGGAACUAGAUCGAUCAGUUGCACGCUCUCUAGCCAAAGAUUCGAAGAGACCAAAUGGACAAAGACGACAGGGAACUGGGAAAGAUGAAGACCUAGCAAGAUCACUCCAUGAUAACAUUAACUCGUCCUCAUAUCCUCCUCCACAUGCUCCUUCACACGCCCCUCGGGAUUACAAUGCCAGAGGUUGUAGAAAAUGUAGUGGCUGCCAUGGGGAUAUUGGCUCUGGCAAUUAUUUGGGAUGCAUGGGAACAUUCUUUCAUCCAGAGUGCUUUCUUUGUCAUGCCUGUGGUCUUCAAAUUACCGAGUACGAGUUUUCUUUGUCAGGGAACAAUUCAUAUCAUAAGUCAUGCUUCAAGGAACUGACUCAUCCCAAAUGCGAAGUGUGCCACCAAUUUAUCCCAACAAAUGGAGCUGGAUUGAUAGAGUAUAGAUGCCAUCCAUUUUGGUCCCAGAAAUAUUGUCCUUCACAUGAGAAUGAUAACACCAAACGAUGCUGUAGUUGUGAACGUCUCGAGUCAUGUAAUACAAGAUACGUAUCACUUGGAGAUGGUCGGAGCUUAUGUUUAGAGUGCACGGAGUCGGCCAUUGUGGACACUGGGGACUGUCAACAACUAUACCAUGCCAUUAGAGACUUUUAUGAAGGCAUGAAUAUGGCAAUAGAUCAGCAAGUCCCUAUGCUGCUUGUUGAAAGACAAGCCCUUAAUGAAGCCAUCGAAGGGGAGAAGCAUGGUUUUCAUCAUAUGCCUGAAACCAGAGGUCUAUGCCUAUCAGAAGAGCAGACAGUGACCAGUAUACUCAAAAGGCCGAGAAUGGGUGGUCGUGGACUAAUAGGAAUCAGAACACAGCCUCAGAAGCUAACUAGAAAAUGUGAAGUUACAGCUAUCCUAGUCUUAUACGGGCUUCCUAGAUUACUUACCGGUGCUAUUCUUGCUCAUGAACUGAUGCAUGCCUGGUUACGUCUAAAAGGGUUCCGUAAUCUCAGCCCUGAGGUGGAGGAAGGAAUCUGCCAAGUGCUUUCUCAGAUGUGGCUUGAAUCAGAAGUAAUGCCUGGAUCCAGAAAUAUGCCGUCCACAUCCACUGCGUCAUCCUCUUCAACGUGGUCAUAUUCCAAGAAAGGUGGAAAGUCAGGUGUGGAGAAUAAGUUGGGUGAGUUUUUCAUGCACCAGAUAGCUCAUGAUGCUUCUCCAGCAUAUGGUGCAGGAUUUAGAGCUGCUAAUGCAGCCGUAAAUAAGUAUGGUUUGCGACGUACAUUGGACCACAUUCGGCUGACAGGAAGUUUUCCUGUAUGAUGCAUUUAUGAUAGCUCUUUUACUUCGUUUUGUCGAUGAUCAUUUCCUCUGCUGUGUGGCAAGCUGGAGGUCAUUGAAUCCUCCCAUGAGGACGUGAGUCGAUCAUGCAAAGCUGGAUUAGCUCCCACUAACAUUUGGGUUACUGAUAAGGAAGAACUUGAAAUGUCCUGGAAUUAGGGAGUAGCAUAUUUGGGAGUGAAUAUUAACUAGAAAAUGUGUCUUGUAAUUGGGGGCUGGUGCAUUUGGACUGCAAAAAGUUCACAUCUGAAUGCUCCGGGAUCAUUAUCCAAUGUCUUGGACAAAUGUUGUUUUGAACGAAAUCCUACUUAAGCUGUUCUGUUACAGUUAUCAUUUUUGGAGUAGUGUACUGCAGAGUGAAUCCAAUUGUGGCACCCUAAGGGUGUUAGCUUAGUCAUUGAAAUUGGUAGAGAACCAUGAAGUCUCACGUUCAAAUCUCAGUAGAGAAAAAAAAAUACUAGGUGAUUUUGUCGCAUAUGUUAACCCUUUGGUUGAUAGUCACACUGUAUCUAUGUUGGUGAAAGAUAGCAUGUACCCUACAGGUUUACUCAAUAAGUGUGCAAGGUGGCUUGGACACUACCGUUAUCGGAUAAAAAAGUGAACUGAAUUGUGUUCUUUAGCCAAUGUUCCUACCGCAACCAAUGAACACUACGAUUGUCUGGUAAUUUUAAGAUCUCUGUCGCAAGCAAGCUCAAAAAAGGUAAGAGAAGAAGAUAGGGAGUAUUAUAGCAGAACGUUCUCUGGCAAAAUAAUAGAUGAGCACUGCCGUAGAAACGAGUCUACACUGCUGAGCAGAUCCCUGUAACAACACAAGCCACCAAGUUUAAACCACUUUGGGAAGGGGCUUAUUCCAGAGAUAAGAGAUGGUUUUGUAUUGGAACUCUGCCAAUGAUAUCCAUUUACACAUAUUCUGCAGUCUUG